UCGGAUACAUGUAUAAUGAAAGGGGAUGUAAGAACUGACCCUGCCACCUCCUCCAUCACUCUCUACCGUUCCAACCACACCGCCUAUGGCGGCGGGCGGCAGGAGGCCAUCCAACACGAAAAGAUUAGGCCAUACACAAGAAAAUGGGAAAGCCAUGUCAUGCACACCAUUGACGAACUAGACCUCCUUGUCAAGACAGGCUCAGGGGCCCACCACAGCUGUGACGUCGUCCACGACGUCCCGGCUGUGUUCUUCUCCACCGGAGGCUUCACGGGCAAUCUCUACCACGAGUUCAACGACGGGAUCACCCCCCUCUACAUAACCUCCCAAGAGUUCAACAAGAAGGUUGUGUUUGUGAUUCUUGAAUAUCACUACUGGUGGAUCACAAAGUAUGGUGACAUAUUGUCUCAGCUCUCCGAUUACCCGCCUAUAGAUUUCAGCAACGACACCAGGGUCCACUGCUUCCCCGAGGCCAUCGUGGGGCUGAGAAUCCACAAUGAGCUCAGCGUUGAUCCUGCCUUGAUGCCAGGCCAGAAUAGGACCAUAUCCGACUUUCAUGACCUCUUGGACCGCUCCUACCAGCCUCGUAUCAGCAGCAUCAUUCAAGACGAGGAGCGUGAGGCAGGAACUGCGAUACACGUGCAUCGGUUAACCAGGCCUAAACUGGUCAUAGUAGCCAGGAAUGGCUCCAGAGCUAUAACCAAUCAAGAUGCAUUGGUGAGACUUGCAGAGGAGAUUGGAUUCUUUGUGGAAGUUCUCAAGCCUGAGAGGAGCACCGAGCUUGCUAAAAUAUACCGGGUUCUCAACUCAAGUGACGUUGUGGUUGGGGUCCACGGUGCUGCCAUGACUCACUUCCUCUUCAUGAAGCCUGGUUCAGUAUUCAUUCAAGUCAUACCACUAGGCACAGACUGGGCUGCAGCUACUUACUAUGGGGAGCCGGCUAUGAAGCUUGGGUUGAACUACAUUGGCUACAAGAUUCUUGCUAAAGAGAGCUCAUUGUAUCAAGAUUACAGCAAGGAUGAUCCUAUUCUGAUGGAUCCAGACAGUGUGAACAAAAAGGGAUGGGAAUUCACCAAGAAAAUCUAUCUUGAUUCCCAAAAUGUGAGGUUGGAUCUUGGGAGGUUUCAAAAGCGCUUGCUUCGCGCCUACUACUUCACCAGAGCUCGAAAAAAUAGGCGUAUGCGCCGACUAUCUGUGUAA